AUGGGAUUAUGUGAAAGUAGAGAGACAGAACAUAUAAGUAAGCAAAGAACUGAUAGUUUCAUAAAAUCUUCUCAUUCUUCUAAAGAUCAGUUCAAAUAGGAUACCCACUAAUUGAAUAGUGUUCCUUAUAAAUAUGAGACUGUGAUAAUAUAGGAUAAUUUAAAAACUAUCGCAGAGGAAAGUAUUAUACAAUAAGAUCGAUCAAUUUAAUACUAAUCUACAGCCACAUCACCUCAAGAAUCAAAAGAUAUGAAAUAGGUGUCUCAGUAGAUUCCUUUGAUGAUCAAAAAUCCAGCAGGAACUUGGAGUUUACAGGCACAUAUAAUAAAACAUGGAGGAAUGUAUGAAGUAUCAGUGGGUAAGGAAUGCAUAGAUAUGUAUGAAGAAUGGGAAUUCAUUCUGAAUCAUGAUGGACCUAUAGUAAAUUUCGAUAGAUUUGUGCUACGUCAUUUGUUGACAGAAAGUUUGUUGGUGGCUGAAGAGUCUUUGUAAGGAGAGUACAAGGUUGGUUCUAUAGCUAGCAAGACAAUGAAAGAUUAGGCUAUGUGGCAAUUAGAAAUAGGCUCAGAUAUUCUAUGUGAAAAUACAUUAGUUAAAUUACGUCAUUCAUAAUCUAAGUUAUAUUUGUCAAGAACAAAUGAAAAUGGUUCAAUGGAAAAUCAUAGAAGAGUAGCGCUAACUAAAUUUGAUCCAAUCAAUAGCUUUUGGUUAGUCAAAUUGAAAUGA